AUGAAGAUGGAGGAUAAAGUUUAUUGGUUCCAAUGGUUCCCAGCUUCUAUGAAAUUAUCAGAAAUUAGAGAUAGGUUUAAGUUUGUGGCCUAUAAAGAGAUUAAAGAAGACUGGAGAAAUUUAUCGGAGGCAGAUAUUUUAGAAAAGUAUAAGGAACAAGGAGGAUGGUUUUAUGCUAAGGUUAUUUUUAUUAAAGGAAAGAGAUAUAUAUAUGCAUAUUUUGCGAAUUUGGAUAGAUUAGAGAAAGCAGUGGUAGAUAGUUUGAGUAUGGGCUUGCAGGACGCCUGGAUUGUUCCUCAAAAGAAAAAAAAUUUUAACACGUUUAUUUCCAGUAGGAAUGAUAAUUCACGUCUUGUGAACAAUAACGAUGAUAGUAAAGAGUCAUUGGGUAUUAGUAGCCAUAAGGAGAACAGUUCAGAGCUUAAGUACACGGAAAAAGAGGUGAUGGAGAUUGUGGAGAAGGCUAUUGAAGAUCAGCUGAAGGAAAAAGAAAUGUUUAAAGAAAAUGUAAGUAAGACGGCAAGAGAAAUAGCUAGUAUGAUGGGUUUGAGGAUAGAUAAUAUCGACUUUAGUGUUAGCAGUGUAAAUAAAGAUAGACAAACAGAAGUUUUGUUCAAAGAAAUACAAAAAGCUAAUGCCGAAAAGUUGAUUAAUGAACAGAAGUCAAAAUCGCCAAAGGUUACGCCAAGUGUGAAUGAGGAAGAAGUGGUAGAUUUAGUGAAUAGGUAUAGAAAGGGUGCAUUUUCAUCUCGUAGCUUAGGAAAAAGUGAAACUAUGAAAGGUCACGUGACUGAGGACGAGGUGAUAGAUGUGAUUAUGGAUGUGAGAAAGAAAAGUACAACUGGUGAGGUGCCAGUUUCUCAAGAGGAGGUAGAUUUGUACAAUAAGGUUAAUCAAGCUUGUUCAUCACGUUUACCGCCUGAAAUUAAAAAAGAAAAAAUUUUGGUAGACGAAAAAGUUGGACAUAAGCGAGGAAAUCAAGAAGAAUUGAGUAGGGGGAUUGUUAGUAGUGAUGGUACUGAUGAAGAGAGCGGAUCAGAAAAAACGCCUACAGUAGUAGCGAAAAAAGAAAAAUCUGCUCAAUGA